CUCUCUCUUCCCGGUCCCACCCGCCAGCCGCACUACGGCACAAGCUGCUGCUUCUUCUUCUUCGUUCCCGUCCCCUGCGCUCGCGGCGGCGGCGGCGGCUUUCCACGUUUUCUUUGCCGUGGAAGUUCAUACCCACUAGAUGGGGAAGGCAAAGCGUGCUUCCAUAUUUAUCAGGCUCGUUUCAGCAGCUGGGACUGGUUUUUUCUAUGUGAAGCGCAAGAAUCCUCGGCGGAUUACAGAGAAGCUUGAGUUCAGGAAGUAUGAUCCUCGUGUAAACAAGCAUGUUCUAUUUACGGAAGCCAAGAUGAAGUGAGACAGUGCAGCCUUUUUUUUUCUUGACAUAAGACCUCCACUGUUCAUUUUCGUUGAAGACAAUGCUACCUUUAUUAGUUUGUUCCAGAUUCGAGAGUUUCAUGUGGGCACCAAAUCAGCAUGGAUCUUGCUCUGCCUGCCUGUUUAUUUGUAUUCUAAGUUUGUAACUGAAAUGAGCUGCAAGCCUGCAAAAGUACUGCCCAUCUAGUGUUGUGAUGAUUAUCAUGUGGAUGCUUGGUUCUGAAACUUAAAGCAGCCACAGAUGAAGGGUAGAGGGUGUGAACCACCAAGAUAAAUGUAAGUUUUUUCUUUCCUUUUAUGUUCUUUUCCUUUCCUGUUUAAUACCUGAAAUAUGUAUGCUGUCUCCGCAACCGAGUAUCAGAUAGCUGAGAGGCAUGAUUUGCUAUUA